AUGGAUCAUCUUGAAGAAGAGAACCACAAGCUUCGUGAAGAGGUGACAACCCUCCGGGCCGAGAAUGAGAUUUUAAGGAACUUAGUAUCUUUGAUGACGAUGGCACAGAGACAACCAUUAUCUCAUCCUGUUGUCAGCACUCAGGCUCAGACGGUUGCUUCCACUACCCCGAUUUCAACAGUGUUUGCUAGUAGUCCUCAACAGGCUAUGCUUGAAGGUUAUCUAUGGGGCACACCCUUUGGUUCUAGUGAAGUAUUUCGUCCUGAUGACUCUAAGGUUCAAGCUCCUUUUGUGCAACUGACAACGCCUAUCCCUCAACCGGUUCCUUUGUUCCCUCAAGCUGCUAUGAUUCAUACUACUCAACAAGGCCAUAAACCAAUCUAUCAUUCAGGAAAGGUGGUUGCAUACGACCGGACAGCUGAGCUGGAAGAAAGGUUUGACAGAAUACAAUUGGAAUUGAAAACUCUUCGUGGGAAAGAACUGUUUGGGAAAAAUGCUUAUGAUCUUUGCUUGGUUCCCAAUGUCGUGAUACCACCCAAGUUCAAAGUCCCUAAUUUUGAGAAAUAUCAAGGAAACACUUGUCCUGAGCUUCAUUUGGUAAUGUACGUGAGAAAGAUGUCUGCUCAAGUAGGUAAUGAUGGGCUCCUUAUCCACUGUUUCCAAGAUAGUUUGACUGGUGCCGCACUGAUAUGGUAUAUGGGCCUACACAAGGUUGAUAUCAAAACGUUCAAUGAUUUGUGUGAGGCUUUCGUCCAGCGAUAUAACUACAACUUGCAUUUAGCCCCAAACAGAAAGGAACUGCAAGCCAUGACCAUGAAUGAUAAUGAAUCUUUCAAAGCUUAUGCCCAACGGUGGAGAGACGUCGCUGCACAGGUUCGUCCACCUCUAGAAGAGAAAGAAUUUACCGAGAUUUUCCUGGAGACUCUGGAUCAGUUCUAUUAUGAGCAUAUGCUUACAAGUGCAUCCGGCAGCUUCGUAAACAUGAUGACUGUGGGCAUGCGUAUUGAAGAAUGGGUCCGAAAAGGACGAUUGGUCAAAGAAAGUGCUCCCACAGAUGAUUUUGAGUACGAAGAUCAGGAAAUGAGUGUGGUAGAAAGUCAGCCUCAACAACAGUAUCUGGCUUAUCACCCUGCUGCCGCUGUUAUGCCUAUCAUAGAUGUUGUUCAAAGUUCGGGUUAUCAACCCCAGUUUCAACAAUAUCAACAACAGCCUCGACAACAGGCCCCAAGGACACAGAUUGAUCCUAUUCCCAUGAAGUAUGCAGAUUUGUUUCCAAAGUUGCUCGAAAGGAAUUUGGUCUACACCAAGGCACCUCCUCCAAUGCCAGCAAAGUUGACAUCCCGGUACAGGCCCGACCUCUUUUGUGCUUUCCAUCAAGGGGCACCAGGUCAUGAUAUUGAGCACUGCUUUGCAUUGCAGAAGGUAGUUCAGAAGUUGAUCCAAAAAAACCUCAUACCUUUCGAAGAGUUUGAAUUUGAAUAUGCAAGUUAA